AUGGCGCUCUGUAUCAAAAAGUUCUUACACUCUGUUGGACUCCAUAGGCGGCGAGAGAAGUAUAGUAAGCGUCUCUUGUCUCAUGAGAAACCGCCCUGUCCUCUUCCCUACCCUGAGGAACCUCCCUCGUCCCUGCUAUUGGAGCUACCUCUGGAUAUUCUGGUAUGUAUUGUACCAUACUUACCACUGGUGUCCCGGGUCUGCCUUGCACUCACCUGCAAGCCGCUCUACAGACUACUUCGCCCCGCCCUGGAUGAUGAACAACUAGCCUGGCCAAGAUAUCUGGCUAGCCCAUUAGGUUUGUGCAAAGAAUUUGGUAGCCAGCUGCACCUUCCACGGGUUGAACUUCUGCUCAAGCUGGAAGACGCCCGCUGGCUAUACUGCUGUGGCUGCCUUAAGCUUCACCCAUACAGCUACUUUUCUCAAGAAUAUAUAGAUACCCCAGCAUCAUGUGUCUCAUCAUUGGAUCGAAACUGCAACGUUACACGCGGAAUCGUCGAUUUGUGCUCCUGCCUCGCCCUAACCUACACAAACGGCGAACGGCUAAGUGAGUGGAUACAGACAGGGGCACCAAGCCCGGUCAUUGACCGUAACAUCCAACAGCAAUUCCGAUACCAAGUGCUUAAGAAUAAGAGCUGUCUUAUUCAUAAGUGCUCGGUGACAACCCAGCCCGAUGUCUUCUUAAACCUCACGAUUAUUCUGACCCUGGAAACCGGCAAAUACUUGGUAGUUACGACCAGAUACAACGUGUAUUGGGCAACACCGCACAAACGUCUAGGAGAUAUGAUAAAGGACGAUGAGGCCUAUCGACCCCCAUUAAAUAUCGAACCUGUUUUCCUCUGUCCACAAGUCCACGCCCUUGCCUGGCUCUACGGAAUCACCGCACUUACUCAGGGAUAUAAGAAUGCAUGCCGCCUCUGUGAUACAACAUUUCAUCUGCUCCUCUGCACCGAUGACGGCCUUCAUUCUGUUAUUCGAAGUGAGCGUAAUCUAGGACUUGUUCAAAACGAUCCGAAUAGGCCCGGGCGGCUGAUGCUAGGUUCAUGGAGGUGGUGGGACAGUUCUCGGAGGCCUGGGAAUCGUAUAGAGCGAUUGUGGUAUCGCUGGGAUUGA